AUGUUGCAUGUGUUCCCGGAGGGGAAGCCCAACCCACUGCAGGACGCGAACCUCUGCUCACGCCUGGUAUUCUGGUGGAUAAAUCCCUUGUUUAAAAUUGGUCACAAACGGAGAUUACAAAAAGAUGACAUGUACUCGGUGCUUCCGGAAGAUCGCUGCCAGCACCGUGGAGAAGAGCUACAAGGGUACUGGGAUCAGGAAGUGAAGAGAGCUGAGAAAGAUGCACGGGAGCCUUCUUUAAUGAAAGCAAUCAUAAAGUGUUACUGGAAAUCCUAUUUGCCUUUUGCAAUUUUUAAGCUUUUUGAGGAAAUCUUCAGAGUACUGUUACCUAUAUAUUUUGAGGAUUUACUUACUUACUUUCAAAAGUUUGAUCCCUCUGAUUCUGGGGCUUUGUUCAAAGCCUAUGGCUACACUGCUGUAAUGAAUGUCUGCCUUGUCAUUUGGGCAAUUCUGGUGCACUUUUUCUUCUAUUACGUUCAGCGUAUAGGAAUGAGAUUAAGAGUAGCCAUGUGCCAUAUGAUUUACUGCAAGUCCCUUCGCCUGAAUAACUCAGCCAUAAGGAAGACCACCACAGGCCAGAUAGUCAACCUGCUGUCCAACGAUGUGAACAGGUUUGACAGGGUAGUGACAUUCUUGCACAUCCUGUGGAUUGGGCCACUUAUGGCUAUCACAGUGAUCAUCCUGAUCUGGAUGGAAAUAGGAAUAUCAUCUUUCGCCGGGAUGUCACUCCUCAUUAUUUUUAUGCUUUUGCAAAGCUUCUUUGGGAAGUUGUUUUUAUCACUCCGGAAUAAGAUCGCAGCCUUCACAGACACCAGGCUCAGGACCAUGAAUGAUGUUAUAACUGGCAUCAGAACAAUAAAAAUGUAUGCUUGGGAAAAGUCACUUGCAGAGCUUAUCACCAGAUUGAGAAGGAAGGAAAUUUCCAAGAUUCUGAGAAGUUCCUACCUUGAUGGAAUGAAUUUGAUAUUCUUUGACACUGCAAGCAAAGUCAUCCUUUUUGUCACCUUUACCACCUAUGUGCUUCUUGGCAACAUGAUCACAGUUAGCCAAGUAUUUUUGGCCAUAACACUGUACCAAGCUGUGAAGUUUACAGGCAUCCUCCUCUUCCCCAUGGCCAUCGAGAGUGUAGCAGAAACAAUUGCCAGUGUCCAAAGAAUCAAGAACUUUCUGUUACUUGAUGAGCUACCACAGUGUGAUCAUCAGCUGCCAUCAGAUGGUAAAACAAUUGUGAACAUGCAAGAUUUCACUGCUUUUUGGGAUAAGGAAUUAAGAACCCCAACCCUACAAGGCCUUUCCUUCACUGUCAGACCUGGUGAACUGUUAGCUGUGGUAGGACCUGUGGGUGCCGGAAAGUCAUCACUAUUAGGCGCUGUGCUGGGGGAGCUGCCCCCGAGCCAGGGGAAGGUCAGUGUGCACGGGAGGAUCGCCUAUGUUUCUCAGCAGCCCUGGGUGCUCUCAGGAACUGUGAGAAGUAACAUUUUAUUUGGGAAGAAGUACGAAAAGAAACGAUAUAUGAAAGUUAUAAAGGCUUGCGCUUUGGAAAAGGAUUUACAAUUUCUGGAAAAUGAAGAUUUAACUGUCGUAGGAGACCGAGGAACCACACUGAGUGAGGGGCAGAAAGCCCGGAUCAGCCUCGCCAGAGCCGUGUAUCAGGAUGCAGACAUCUACCUCCUGGAUGAUCUGCUCAGUGCAGUGGAUGCAGAAGUCAGCAGGCACUUGUUCGAACAGUGUAUUUGCCAAGUCUUGCAUGAGAAGAUCACAAUCUUAGUUACUCAUCAGUGGCAGUACCUAAAAGAUGCAAGUCAAAUUCUGCUAUUGGAAAAGGGUGAAAUGGUACACAAAGGGACUUAUGCUGAGUUACUGAAAUCCGGAGUAGAUUCUGCUUCCCUUUUAAAGAGGGAGAAUGAGGAGGCUGAACCAUCUCCAGUUCCUGAAUCUCCCACUAUGAGAACUCAGACUUCCUCCGAGUCUUCAGUUCAGUCUCAACAGUCUUCCACACCCUUGUUGAAAGAUGCAGCUGCAGAAGACCAAGAUACUGAGAAUAUACAGGAUACACUGUCUGAGGAGAGACGUUUAGAAGGAAAAGUUGGUUUUAAGACCUACAAGAACUACUUCAGAGCUGGCGCUCACUGGUCUGUCAUCAUUUUCCUUAUUCUAGUAUGCAUAGCAGCUCAGGUUGCCUACAUCCUGCAGGAUUGGUGGCUUUUAAACUGGGCAAAUGAACAGCAUAGUCUGAAUAUCAUGGCAUAUGAAAAAGGAAAUAUAACGGAGAUGCUUGAUCUGAACUGGUACUUAGGAAUUUUUUCAGGUUUAACUGGAUGUAGUCUCCUUUUUGGUGUCACAAGAUCUCUGUUGGCUUUGUACAUCCUUGUUAAUUCUUCACAAACUUUGCACAACAAAAUGUUGAAGUCCAUUUUGAGAGCUCCGGUAUCAUUCUUUGAUAGAAAUCCAGCAGGAAGAAUUUUAAAUUGUUUCUCCAAAGACAUUGGGCAUAUGGAUGACUUGCUGCCUGUAUCAUUUCAAGAGUUCAUCCAGACAUUUCUACAACUGAUUGGUGUGUUGGGUGUGGUGGUGGUGGUGAUUCCUUGGAUUGCUAUACCUGUGAUUCCCCUUGGCGUCAUUUUCUUUUUUCUUCGGAGGUAUUUCUUAGAGACGUCACGAGAUGUGAAACGCCUGGAAUGUUCAACACAGAGCCCAGUGUUUUCCCACUUAGCAUCUUCUCUCCAAGGACUCUGGACCAUCCGGGCGUACAAAGCUGAGCAGAGGUUUCAAGAACUGUUUGAGUCACACCAGGACUUGCAUUCAGAGGCGUGGUUCUUGCUUUUGACUAUAAACCGAUGGUUCUUUUUGCGUCUGGAUAUCAUCUAUUUUAUCUUCAUCUGUCUUGUUGACUUUGGGUCCCUGCUUCUUGCACAAACUUUGAAUGUUGGGCAGGCUGGCCUGAUACUGUCCUAUGCCCUUAACGUCAUGGUGGUGUUCCCAUGGUGCAUCAGGCUAAGCAUUGAAGUUGAGACUAUGAUGAUUUCAGUUGAAAGGGUGAUAGAAUAUACACAGCUUGAGCAAGAAGCACCCUGGGAACUCGAGUUUCGUCCACCACCAGACUGGCCCAACAAUGGAAUGAUUGCCUUGAGCAAAGUGAACUUCAAGUACAGUUCAGAUGGGCCUCUGGUAUUGAAGGACCUGACAACAGACAUUAAACCAGGAGAAAAGGUUGGCAUCGUGGGAAGAACAGGAGCUGGAAAAAGUUCUUUCAUUGCUGCCCUCUUUAGAUUGUCAGAGCCUGAAGGUAGAGUGUGGAUUGAUAGGAUCUUGAUAACUGAAAUUGGACUUCAUGAUUUAAGGAAGAAAAUGUCAAUCAUACCUCAAGAUCCUAUUGUGUUCACUGGAACAAUGAGGGAAAAUCUGGAUCCCUUUAAUAAGCAUACAGAUGAGGAACUAUGGAAUGUCUUAGAAGAGGUACAACUUAAAGAAGUCAUCGAAGAGCUUCCUGAUAAAAUGGAUACUGAAUUAGUAGAAUCUGGAUUGAAUUUAAGUGUUGGGCAAAAACAACUGGUGUGCCUUGCCAGGGCUAUUCUCAGGAAAAAUCAGAUAUUGAUUAUUGAUGAAGCCACAGAACAUGUGGAUCCAAGCACUGAUGAUUUAAUACAAAAAAAGAUCCAUGAGAAAUUUGCACAGUGUACUGUGCUAACCAUCGCACACAGGUUGAGCACCAUUAUUGACAGUGACAGGAUAAUGGUUUUGGAUUCAGGGACACGGAAAGAAACUGGUCAGCCAAAUGAUUUGCUGCAGAAUAGAAACAGUCUAUUUUACAAAAUGGUGCAACAACUGGGCAAAGAGGAAGUAGCUGUCCUCACUGAAAGGGCAAAAUAGG